UCAUUUGCCGUUUAUUUUUUUUACUAUUCGCUUUCCAUCUCACUCUUACUCUUUCGGUUAGUCAUCAGUGUGUGAGAGUGUGUAUAUAGUUUUCAAUCGGCGCACUUAGGUUAUGGUGUUGGAUAAUUUGAAUUGUGUUUUGUUUUCGGAACGAAAAUGAAUUUGAUUAAGUUGACAAACAAUUUGAAAUUACAUCAUGGACUGGUACAAUCUGGCAGAUGGAAUUCCACAUCGGAGAUUCUACGAUCAGGUAAAUACAAAAGUGUCGUUGGUGUCGAGGUGCAUGCACAAAUUUUAUCAAAUAGCAAACUCUUUUCGGCCGCACCAAAUAAUCCAACGGCACCAGCAAAUACAGCCGUUUCCCUGUUUGAUGCAGCGACACCAGGAACAUUACCGCGAAUAAAUCGUCAGUGUGUCGAAUCAGCUGUGAGAACGGCCACUGUCUUAAAUUGUGAACUCAAUCAAAUUUCAAUGUUCGAUCGAAAGCAUUAUUUUUACGCCGAUUCACCGGCUGGAUAUCAGAUCACACAACAACGUUUGCCACUUGCUGUGAACGGUCAAAUUACAUUCUUCGUAUCAAAUGUAAAAAAACCAUAUUUGAAAUCGUCAAAAAUACAUCAAAUCCAACUGGAACAAGACAGUGGAAAAUCAAUUCAUUUUCCCGGAACGCGAACGAGUCUUUUGGAUUUGAAUCGAGCCGGUGUUCCGUUAAUGGAACUUGUAUUUGAACCGGAUCUAUCAACGGGCGAAGAGGCUGCAUCAUUAUUAAAAGAAUUGUCAUUAAUAUUAACACGAUUGGGUGUUUGCUCCUGUAAGCCCGGUGCUUUGCGUUGUGAUGCAAAUAUUUCGAUUCAUCGGCCCGGCGAACCAUUCGGAAUUCGCAGCGAAGUAAAAAACAUUGCAUCGGUUCGUGGUGUGGCCAAAGCAAUUGAAUAUGAAAUUUCAAGGCACAUACAAGUCAUUGAAAGUGGCGGAAAAAUAGUGAAUGAAACAAGAUCAUGGGAUGACGAGACCGGUACAACAAUUUCAAUGCGUGACAAAGAAGUUGUACAGGAUUAUCGAUUUAUGCCCGAACCAAAUCUACCACCAUUGAAUUUAGAUUCAAUUGACAUGGACGCUAUACGCGAUAGCAUACCAGAAAUGCCGGAUUUGACAAGAGAAACACUCAGUGGCUAUAAUCUACAGCAACAAGAAAUUGAAAUCAUGGUGAAAUACGCAAAUUUACUAAACUUAUUCUUAAGUGUGAUGCAGAAGGAUUCGAGCGAAAGUAUGAUUAAAAUUGCCACAACAUUACUAAAAUACCAAGUGCUCGGCGCAUGCAAUAAAUUAAAAAUCAAACCACAGGAUUGCUCAUUGACCGAUGAAAAUUUCACAGAGGUUAUUGAAAUGAUACAAGCAGAUGUUAUAAAUACCGCCAUUUCUAAAAAUAUCAUCUUUGAAGUGAUUAAGAAUCCAAAGAUUUCAGCAAGACAGUUUGUAGAAGAGAAUAAUCUAAAAGUGAUCAGAGAUCCGACAGAGCUUCGACAACUAUGUAAAUUAGUGAUCGAUAAAUAUGAUAAAGUAACGAAAAAGGCAAGACGUAGAAAGGAGGGUGAAUUUGAAAAAUUGGUAAAAGCACUCAUGAAGGAAUCAAAUGAUCGGGCUGAUAUUUCACUAUCCAGACCAAUUUUACAAGAGCUACUAAAAUCCAAUUGAAUAAUUUCACUAUUUAUAUUUGUAUUAACCGCGACAUCUGUCAAAGUUCUUUCCAAUUUAUUAUGUGCAAACCUAACCUCACCAAAACUAGCAGCAGUCAAAGUCAACAACAUUCAAGAAUUUCAAAAUAAAUUUUUUAUUGAACAACAAUACAAAUUA